AUGGUGGGGCCGGCUCAUGGUCCGUGCACAUAUCCUUGCUUGUGUUUGACGAACUGCCAGGCGCGUCCAGCAGUCAAGCCAGUCGCGUCGUUCUUUCGCCGUGGGGAGGGGCAUCACCAUCAGCAUCGCAACCCACUUCCCGACGACAUUGCACACGAACACGGACUUUCGCAUCCCAUUUUCGUGGUAUGUCGGAUUGACUCAGAUCCACGGCAACUCAAAAUUGGCGCCGCAGCCGAUGCGCCACCCUUCGCACACCCACACCUUCGAGACAAAGCUAGGUUCUCCGACGACGGACACAUCAUGUCCUUCAACACACCUACCAACGCCCGCGGCGGCGGGUUCCUCAGCGAUAACGAUGAUCCCCUCUUCUCAUCCGCGAUAAUGGAUACCACGACCGGCGCCCUUGCCGCCGCGCGCACGCCCACCUCACGCCGUGCUCUGAGCAUCGAACCCCCAUCCAGCCGGCAAACCCUCCAGACGCCGUCCAACAGACCGAACCUCUUCCGCUCCUCCGUCCGCAGCUCGGCAUACCGGGGCCCAGGGACGCCCGGGCUUCUUGCAUCAGGUCGGCGCAGCCUGGCAGCUACACCACAUGCCCGCGCCGCUUAUCGCACGAUAGACCAACGCCGUGCAGCGGCGCUCACCCCGGGCGGUAAGAAACGUAGAGAGAGCUUCCGCCCGAGGAGGGAGAGUCUGCACGAUGUCUUGCGCGGGCUCAGCAGAGUAACGAAGCACACUACCAAGGUGAUUUCGUCGUCCUCCUCGCCCAGCGACGUCGGCGUGACUGCGAGCUUGCCGAUUCGCACGGCGGCGCCGGACAGGAGUCUCAUGUACGACGAGGAGGACGACGAGCUUCCUAUCGAUAGGCCGAGGUUGUCGUUGCCGCUUGACAUCGAGGAUGACGAUGACGAUUUGGUCCCGCCUAGGUUGUCAGAGAUGCACGACGAGAAUGCGACGAUAGAGUUUCCGCGCAGGGCGUACACGGAUCAGCCGAGCAGAAUGUCGAUGGGGAGCGUGAGGUUGAGCGAGUAUAGGAACUUUGGGGAGUUGGACGACGACGACGAUGACGACGGGGUUGGGUUUGAUCCUGGGUUCGACGUUGGGGCGCUUGAUGACGAGGAGGGCAGAGACGCGGGGGAUACGCUUGAGAGAAUCGAGAAUGCUGCGGAAAGACGAGAUACGCUCCCCCCGGCGAGAGAGAGCGACUUCGGAUUUCAGGUCCCCGUCGACGCGGACCAGACUACUUUCAUGAUGGCCGUGGAGGGACAGAGCUCGCCCGCGCGCCCACUGCCGGAGAUGACGGAUGAACAGCCGUCGAUGAACAUUGAACCGUUGCCUGGCGCAGAUGACCAGAACCCGCCUCCUUUCGGGGACGACAUGGGUUUCCAGGAUCUCGGCCCGGCGUAUGACCUGCGCAGUUCAAGUCCGGAGGAUUACGGGGCUCCUGUAGAUUUCACGGAUGUUAAUGGAGCAGACGCGGAGGCGACUGAGGAGGAGGGGGAGGAGGAGGAAAGGCCCGACGGGACGAGUGUGCAUUUUGACCAGAGAGCGCGCAAGACGUUCAAGAAAGGUCUCAAGCUAUCAAAAUACGGCACCGAGUACCCUUCGCUACCGCCUGCAGUGGUGAAGAGGUUGGCGGGCACGUUUGCGCGGUCGAGCGGCAUCACCAAGACGAAAAUCAGCCCCGAGGUGCUGGUGGAAAUCCAGCGGGCUUCGGAUUGGUUUUUCGAGCAGCUGGGAGACGAUCUUUCUGCGUACGCGAAGCACGCGAAGCGCAAGACGAUUGAUGAGAGUGACAUGCUCACCCUCAUGCGAAGACAACGCCAGACCAACUCGACGACCACCCCCUUUUCCCUGGCGCAGAGACAUCUGCCCCGGGAGCUGCUGCAGGAGUUGAGAAUGCCUAAACCGCUGCCGCCGGCGGAGCCGAGGAAGAAGCGCCGCGCGGCGAAAGGCGGCGAGGAGGAAGUGACCUGA